CUUCGGCUCUUGGUGAGCACGGAAGAGUUUUGUUGUCUCUUUCAUCCGGUGUUUUAAGUCGAUGAAGACAAAACGUAAUCGACAUUUGUAAUUAAGAAAAAUGUCAUCGGUUCCCGCAGGCAAAAAUCAGCGUUCGUCGUCAAUUUGCCUGUCCGGCAGUCAGACAUUUGACGCGAUGAAAGCCAGUGUCGGUGGUAAUAAUCGAGAAAGUUCGUCCGGAUCGGAUUCGCCCGAAGUCCGUCGAGAAGUGAUAACCAACAACCAGAGCAGCAGACCGGUUCCGGCUGGCAGCAGCAAAUCCCGCCAGAAUGCCCGUCGCUCCAAAAGCGAACGGCUUCAAGGAGCUAACAAGCCGAGGGUGAAACGACGGGAUCUAGCGCUGGACAUGGAUCGAGCCAAUAGCGGAAGUUUGGCCGGCGGAUUGGCCAGCAACAAAGAUCAAGAAGAUCCGUACCAAUCUUUUCUCCGAAAAGUGCCCAGCGUCGGAGCGGGAUUGAUGAACGAUUCGUUUAACGACACCCCAGACGGAUCGCCUCGAGGACUGCGAUCCAUUCGCCAGUCGGCGGGCACAGCGAAGCCGCCACUCGGAGCUGGUAGCAACGCACCGGCCAUUUCCACACCGGAUUUAUCACCAUCUCUAAUUAGACGGGCUACAGUCAAUCCGCGGACGGGUGGCGGCAGCCGGUCACAAUUGGCCAAUCGUAAUUCUCCGCAAGUUGGCCGGCCUGGAUGCAACAGUGCGAAAGAUCAGCCGCUCAAUAAACGCGCCACUUCCGUCCGCGUUCACGGAGCCAGCAGCUCCAGCUCGGCGUUUCACGUAGCCAAUUCAUCGCUGCGUCGAUCCACCUUCCUCGACGUGCCCGACAGUCCCAGCAAUGAUGACGACAACGCCGCCAGCAACGUGGACGAAGAUUCUUACAGACUCCGUUCGUUCGAUUUAACUCGCAAAGGUGUUGUGAAUCGAGGAGAUUCGUUCAGACGCCGUCGUUCACGCAGCAAUAGUUUGGCUCCCGGCACGGUGCAACAUGAUUCAACCGGUGACGUGACAAAAAAUUAUCGCGCAGCUCCUGGUAACGGAUCGAGUGGGGGUAUGUCAACGGGCGAAAAUGUACAAGCUAUUGGAACGGACCAACGGUCAUCGCAUCAGCAACAGCAUCAUCAUCACCAUCAUAGCGACGUCAGGACUUAUCGUGUUGCCAUCAUAGGAGCUCACGGAGUGGGCAAAUCCGCCUUGGUCGGCCAGUUCAUGUCGUCCGAGUGCAUCAACGCCUACGACCGAGUCAGGAACGAUGACAGUGAUUCAGAGUCUGUUUUUGUCAUGCUCAACGGGGAGGAGUCUGAACUUGUCUUCACCUACUGCAGCAACAUCAAGGUUGAGAUGAAUCGAAACGAACUUCCCGAUGCUUUUGUCAUGAUGUACAGCGUCAUUGACAAGACCAGUUUCAAAACAACCGAAGAUGAAUUGGCCCGCUUACAAAACUGGGAUGCCCUACGUUCCCGAGCACUUAUACUUGUCGGGAAUAAAAUUGACCUCGUUCGCAGUCGUGCCGUCUCAACACAAGAUGGAAAAUGUCUUGCCUGCGCCUACCGAGCCAAGUUCAUGGAAAUAUCCGUAGUGAUAAAUCAUAACGUGGAUGAACUACUGGUUGGAAUCCUGACACAGAUCCGCUUGAAGGAGGAGCUACAAAAAGAGAUAGCGGAAGGGCUUGUCGAUCCGUCUGCCGAUGGUGCCAACGGUCAGGGCUCUACCAACUCUUGGAUACGAAACAAGGGCCUAGUACGAGCCAGCAUGAAAGCCAAGCAGAUGUUCACGUGGCUGUUUGGCAAAGAUGACGAUCAGCUCGCCAAUUGUGAAAACUUCCAAGUCCUCUGAUUCCCGUGUGCAUUUCUUAAAACAAUAAA